CAGGGUGACGCGGUUACAGAAACAUGCACAACACAUUGAAAGAAUGAAAGAAAAGUGGUUUCGGAGGUCUCUGUUUCUUCUUCCAGACGCUCUUCAGCUACUCUUAACUUCUCCAACUCAUUCACUACAAGGUACUAACUUCCACUAACUUCUGUAUUAUCACUUGCAUUAUGUAAACUUUGAAUAAACCGUACUACCAUUGAGAUACAUGAUUGUUUUCUAUUUUAUUUUUAUCCCAAUAUAUUUUUAAUAGAUUUGUUUCCUUAACUUUCUAGGUCUGCCAGUGUAUCUUUCUAAAUUCCUUCCGCUAAAUUGUGGAAUUAUGAAGCUCAUAUUGUGUUUCUUUGUUUUGUUUUGACUAGCGGCUGUGUAACACCAUUAAAUUAUUAGAAAAAUUGAAACUGAUUGGGGUUGUGCACAAGCAGUAAUAUGGAGAUUAAUUGAUUAAAUUAUAACACAAGGGGUUAGCAAAAUGAUGGAAUCUCAAAGGAAUUUCAGUGAAGUUUACAAUUGAAUAUUAAAGGUACAUAAAUUAAUAAUUUAAAUAUUUAUUACUAUCCACUAUUAAAUCUAUUAAAAAGAUUGAAGCUGAAGGGGUUGUGCACAGGUAAUAAUGUGGAAAUGAUUUGAUUAAAUUAAAACACAAGGGGUUAGCAAAGUGAUGGAAUCCCAAGGGAAUUUUAGUGGAACUUACAAUUGAAUAUUAAAGGUACAUAAAUUAAUAUAUUUAUUAGUAUAUUAAAAAUUAAUUUAAUUCUUGCCUUUUGGUUCCUUUCUUUGAUGUGAGACCCACACUCUUGAGCUCUAUAUAUAGUUACAAUAGUAUGUGCAUAGGCAUCAAAACCAGACCUAAUAUUCUGUCAUGGCUAAGUUCAAGAAUCCAUAUUCUGUCAUGUGCAACACUGUUCCUCCCUUUGCAUUUGCAGUUUUGCACCAGAUGAAUAGGGUAAUGGUCAAUUGCUCUUCUUUGUUGAUUUACACUCUCUUAUAUGUUUUCAUCUUAAUAGUUUCAUUUUGGCUCUAAUUUACUUGGUCCAGAACUAUGGUAAGAUUGGUCAAGAUGUGGUGGAAUACCUACAGCUUCCAGAUGAUGGAGAAUUUCUCCUUACUGACCCAUUAGGUGUGACCAAGGAAGUAUCCUUUACUGUGGUGGGCAAAAAGGCUUACCUAAUUAUAGGAUGGUGUGAGCUUCGAGAAUUUUAUCAUUUUUAUGGGAACUGUUGGUUCCUUUUUAAACAUGUGAACAACUUGAACUUUCGUUUUUCAAUAUUUGAUCCAACAUUUGCUGAGGUGAAAUAUCAUGGUUGGCCUGUGACUAUGAAGCAAGAGAAUGUUGAUAUUAUGAGUCAGAUGUUCCCUGCACCUAAGCAACCAGAAAUACCAAUGAUCUACAAAAAUUCAAGUGGUUCUGCUGUUGUGUUUUGGUUUAAAAAUAAAAAUCCUUCAUGUGUGGUAACUCUUUCAAAAACCCAAGCUGUUGGGAGUUAUGUGGCCUUACCAGCUAAAAUUGCUGUGUUUAUUCGUCAAUUUGGAGUUUCUCCGUUGAAGCUUCGAGGGCAUGUGGGUGAUGAUGUUACGUGCAAGUUGCUGAGCAAAAACAGGAAGGAUGUGAGGAUUGGAUCAGGCUGGAAGAAAUUUUGUACACGUAAUGGAGUUCGUGCAGGAGAUCUGUGUUGCUUUAAGUUUACAAAUAUCGCAGAGAGGAUUGUUGAAGUGUCUAUUGUUUUUGGGUAAUUUUAUGGGAGUAUAAUCGGAUGGCUUGCUGCUAUGUGAAAGUUUAA